AUGUAUGUGAGAUCAUGUAUGUAUUGUUUCGUGCGUAUGCUUGCAUAUGUAUUUGUGUACAUGAUUUCCAAAGUUGCUAAGAUGCACUGUCAUAUCGCACAGUACACUUCCCGAUACGUUGGUACAGACCUUGCCAUGUCUUUGCAUGGCUUGCAGGCGCCACAGUGUCCCGUCCUGAGCGAGACAGGUAGGGGGCAGCUGCCGGACACGCUGCUGGAAGUCAAAGGUUCUGCGAGCGGGACGUUGGACAGUCCGAGGUGGCACAACGCAGCUGAGUGUCAUAUGUUCUUCAGCAAGAAGGGCUUCUGGAACAUUGGCCGCUGA